UGACACGAAUUUGUAUGCACCAAAGUUGAAAAAGAAGAAUGAAAGAGCAAAAAAUAAAAUAAAAUAAAAAUGAAAACAAAGAAUUCCAAAUUCUGUUCAUUUUUCCCCCCAACUUCUAUUCUUCUUCCAGUUUUAGUAAAGUAACUAAAACAAGAAUCAUUAUUUCAUGGCCAAACCCAAGAGAGUGUUCCAGUCUUGGAAAGGGAACAAUAAAUUCUUAUUUGAUGGGAGGCUGAUAUUCGGACCAGAUGCUAAGUCACUGAUCGUCACCUUUACGCUUAUCCUUGUCCCUGUUGUUACAUUUUGCGUAUUUGUUGCAAGAAAUCUUGUUCACGAAUUCUCAACAGGAAGUACAGGAUAUGCAAUUAUGGUCUUAGCAAUUGUCUUCACAAUCUAUGUCUUCUUGCUUCUAUUUGCAACAUCAACUAAGGAUCCUGGCGUUGUUCCACGUAAUUCUCAUCCUCCAGAGGAAGUGUUAGGUUAUGAUUCUUCAGCUUCCAAUGAAGCUGGUGGGAAACCUUUGCCUCGCACCAAACAAAUCCUAGUCAAUGGUCUGCCGGUGAGAGUUAAAUAUUGUGAAACAUGCAUGUUGUAUCGUCCACCAAGAUGCUCUCAUUGCUCAGUAUGUGAUAACUGUGUGGAGCGGUUUGAUCACCAUUGCCCUUGGGUGGGUCAAUGCAUUGGAAAGCGCAACUAUCGUUGCUUCUUCCUAUUUGUUUCUUCAACUGCUCUCCUCUGUAUUUACGUCUUUUCCAUGUCGGCAUUGUAUCUUAAGCUUCUUGUGGAUGAUUAUGGAACUAUUUGGAAGGCUAUUAAAGUAUCGCCUGCAUCAGUGGCACUGAUGGCGUAUUGUUUUGUUUCGCUGUGGUUUGUUGGGGGUCUCACUGGCUUCCAUUUGUAUCUCAUAUGUCGAAAUCAGACCACAUAUGAGAACUUUCGUCAUAGAGGACUAAGAGGAGAUAACAGGAUCAAUGUGUAUGACCGGGGUUGCACGAACAAUUUUCUUGAAGUAUUCUGCUCGAGGAUAGAACCUUCGAAAAACAAUUUCCGCGGAUAUGUACAUGAAGAGGCAUUAAAGUCUAGCAAGGUAGGAAACAUUCAAGUAACAGAAGUUGAUACCUCUGAUGGGGAUAGAAGAGUCAAGGUAGAAGAAGAUCUUGAGAUUGGAGAAGAUCUCAUGAAGAUAUCCCAACGACGUAACUCUCAAGACAUUGGAGAUAUUCGAGGUAGAGGAAGCGACAGGUCACCUAUAAGUCGUUCUGAGCUUGACUUUGGAUUUGGUCUGGAGUCACAGUUUUCGUCCAGAUCAGAGAGUCGCCAUUCUGGCUGGUGAAGCAGAAGUGACGGGAACUGAACCGAUAUUAACAUCAUGUCAAAGCCAAAUCUACUGCAAUGAUUUUGCAGUCACAGUUCCGAGAUUUGAAAUGUGAUACAUUUAGGUGGCUAGCCAUCAAAAUGCAUCUUGAGUGCUACCUGUUUUCGUGGACGAGAGCAGGCACAGAACAGCUUUGUCACAAAACACAGAUAAUCUGUUGACUUCGAUAAUAUUUUUGCUGGUUAUUAUUUCUUGAAAGAACUAGGAACAUAUGUCAAAGGCAUUUGAAAAUGUAUACAUGUAACCAUUCUUUUCCUGUUACCCUUCUUCCUAUAUGUGUUAUAACUGUGAAAUUUAGCACUGGCUCUGCCUUUAAUGUCACAAAUUGAUGAUGUGCGGCCUGCUUCAAGCCAAAUA